AUUGCAGGUUGACAGCUGUCUUUGCGUUUCAUACGAUUCUUAAAGCCGUUGUGAGCGCAAUCAUGUGAUUUUUUUUUUUUUUUAUGUUAACUACUUUAUACAUAAUGUCUUUUGAAUACUUGCGCCAUAACACAAACGGUUACUUUUAUAAAUUUACACGUACAAAUAUAAUUAGUGUUAAAACCCAUGGGCGUGGCGGACAACAGGUAAAGUGUCCAAUCCGGAAGUAACCAAAUCCAGUAGUAUUGUUGUUUUUGUGUGGUACAAACGAAAAAGGACACCGCCCAAAGCACAAGCAAAGAUGCCAGAGAGGAGCGGCGCGUAUGCAGACCACAAGAGCAGGGACAAGGAUUACCGACAUGACAGGGAGCAUUUUGAGAAGCGUCACAGCAGAGAUGUUAAAGAAAAGUCCAGAAAGGCUGAUGACGAGAGAGGACCGGCUCAUGAUGAAAGACUCAGACAGGACGUGGCAAGAGACCAGCACCAUCAAGGAUCCUCAACACUGUAUGGACAGCCUUCGGUAUAUUAUUCGAAGGAUCAGUAUCAUGAACGACAACCCAGAGAUGCUCUUUACAAUCUCCAUUAUGUUCUCACCAGUCGAGGCCUUUGCCAGCUGAUGAAAGUGUUUGUCAACCUUCUGAUCAUCAUCUGCGCCGGUGUACCACACAGCAACAACGGCGGCUACCGCGACUUGGCCAGCCUGGGCGGCAUCUACCACUACCACUUUGGGGGAGCUGGCUCCUUCCAAGGUGCCGAAGCGGAGCGUGUGAAGGAUUUGGACCGGAUGUUCAACGAGCUCAAGAGGCCCCCGUAUGCUUUUGCCAUGGCGUGCGCUGGGAUCAUCAUGAUGUACGCCCUGGUAACACUCACGCUGGGUGUUUUCCGAGUGCCUUACCGUUACCCACCCGUGCUGCUGGGAGAGGCUCUGGUGGACCUGCUGGUGGGAUUGGGGUACAUCGCCGCGCUGGCGUUCUUCUUCAUUAAACUGCAGGAGAACUACAACAACCCCAUCUGCCAGGAGAGGGAGCGCAUGUAUAAGAGCAAAGGUCAUAAGGGCUUCGAGUGCCAGUUCCAUGGGGCGGACAUCGCAGCAGGUCUCUUUGGUGUGCUUGGCGUCUUCGUGUUCCUUUGCGGAGCCGUUUUGGCCAUAAGGGCUUUCCGUGCCGUGCGGGAGAUGAAGAGACAAAAGGAAAAUCGGGAUGAUGGCUUUCGAGGAUGACUGAAGCAGAACUGUUUUGAGUAAAAAACUCACUUCAACAUAUAACGGUGCACAAAUUGCUUUUUUUAUUGUGUGUAUUUUCUACCGCUCUGUUUUUAAUAAACUACCA